AUGGCAACCUCGUUGCGUUUGUCGGGUCAACGCGUACUAGUGACGGGCGCAGGCCGGGGCAUCGGUCGAGCCAUCGCUCAACUGUGUGCCGCCGAAGGCGCGCGGGUGGCCUUGACGGCCCGGACGACAUUGGAACUGGAAGAAACAGCACGACUUUUGCCAAAAGGUCAAUCCCUGGUUCUAACGGCGGACGUGACAAGUGACGAACAAGUGGAAAGCUUAGUCCAAGCAGUGGUUCAAGCUUGGGGUGGGAUUGAUAUUCUCGUCAACAAUGCUGGUGGUGCCCAAGCCUCCAAAGGUCUUCUACACGAGUUACCUGCCGUAAAUUUGACGCGAUUACUGGAUCUCAAUGUAGUUUCUGUACAUCGUGUUACUGCUGCCGUGCUAAAACACGCCAUGCUCGCGCAGCAAUCUGGAAAAAUUAUCAACAUUUCGUCACGAGCGGGAAAACAGGGAUUGCCCCAAAUGUCGAGCUACGUCGCUUCCAAAUUUGCUCUCGAAGGAUUGACGGCAACUUUAGCGGCGGAAUUGAAAGACCAAGGAAUCACGGUAAAUUCCAUCAGCCCAGGUAUGGUCGAUACCCGGUCCUUUCCGAAAGCGCCCGAAAAACGAGGAGUGCGGACGCCGGAAUCCAUUGCCAAUGGGCUCUGGACGGUGUUGGAAAGUCCUUCAAGCGGGCACUACUUGCAUGUUGACGAGCUCGAUUCAGCGGUCGCACAAGGCUUUUCACCGUCGACUGCUCUCAAACCUAUUAAUGAACUUGGUUUCCAAGCAUAUUUGGAACCCCGAAAACAAGAGAACGCGUCGGGUCCUAGUCAGAAAAUACCGUAA